AUGGCUAGAGUCUUUUAUCUUUGGUUCCUCUACAUUUUCUUGUUCACUAGUUUAGGAAUUUUGGGCGGAAAUACUGAUGUUCCGGAUGAAGAAAUGAAGGUUUAUAUAGUAUAUAUGGGAAGUCUUCCUGAAGGUGAUUAUUCACCUACUGAGCACCAUAUGAGGAUAUUGCAGACAGUGGUCAAUAGCAGGAAUUCAAGACGACAUUUCAUUAGAAGCUACAAGAGAAGUUUUAAUGGAUUUGCUGCAAAUCUUACCUACAAACAGUACCAAACAAUGGCAGCUCACAAUGACGUGGUGUGGGUAUUUCCGAGUACAACUUUAAAGCUUCAUACAACUGCAUCAUGGGACUUCAUGGGAUUUCCUCAAAAUGUUCGUAGAAAUCUCAACGUUGAGGGAGACAUAAUCAUUGGAGUCAUUGAUUCUGGAAUUUGGCCGGAAUCAAAAAGUUUUGGUGAUCAUGGCUUUGGUCCUAUUCCCCAAAAAUGGAAGGGAGGCUGUUAUACCGGAGGCAAUAACUUUACAUGUAACAAAAAAAUUAUUGGAGCUCGGUACUACAGUUCAUCAUAUACCCCUAGGGAUUUUGUGGGUCAUGGAACUCAUACUGCCUCAACAGCAGCUGGAAAUAAUGUUCAGGACGCAAGCUUUUAUGGAAUUGCUCGAGGUAUUGCACGAGGAGGAGUCCCUUCAGCAAGGAUUGCUGUGUACUGCGUUUGUUCUGAAUUUGCAUGCAGGGAUGAAGAUGUAUUGGCUAGCUUUGAUGACGCUAUUGCUGAUGGAGUUGAUAUUAUCACAAUUUCACUAGGGCCAGGAAGUCCUAAAAAAUUAGAAACAGAUCUUAUAGCAAUUGGUGCCUUGCAUGCUUUGGAGAAAGGAAUACUUACUGUUCAUUCUGCGGGAAAUGAAGGAUAUCGUGCACCAGGAUUUGUUACGAGUACUGCACCAUGGUUAUUCAGUAUUGGAGCAAGCACUACAAAUCGUAAGAUUAUCAGCAAAGUUGUCCUUGAAAAUGGAAAGACCGUAAUGGGACAUGCAGUUAAUUCUUUCAAGUUGAACGGGACGAAAUUUCCUCUUAUAUAUGGGAAAGAUGCUUCUAAAAAUUGCUCUGAGGACAGGGCUAGGAUUUGUGGUUCUGGAUGUUUGGACAAUGACCUAGUAAGGGGAAAGAUUGUGCUCUGCAAAAGUUAUGACGGGAUGCUAUUUGCCUAUGAUGCUGAAGCUGUUGGAUCUAUUUGUCUAACGGAUGAAGCAGAAGAUGUUUCCCGGGUUGUGCCUGUUCCUGCAUCAGUUUUAAACGGUAAAGAAUUUGAGCAAGUUGAGAGCUAUGUAAACUCCACCAGAACGCCUCAAGCAAACAUUCUGACAAGUGAAAGUAUACUCGAUUUAACAGCUCCAAUUGUUGCUUCUUUUUCUUCUAGAGGGCCAAACAAAAUCUUUCCAGAGAUUCUGAAGCCAGAUAUAGUUGCACCAGGGGUGGAUAUUCUUGCUGCAUAUUCACCUGAAGCUAAGCCCACAGAUGCUUUCAUAGAUAAAAGACAUCUAGACUAUAAUAUAUUGUCUGGAACAUCCAUGGCUUGCCCUCAUGUUGCUGGUGCUGCUGCUUAUAUCAAAUCACUGAAUCCAACUUGGUCUCCUUCAAUGAUAAAAUCAGCUCUUAUGACUACUGCCUGGCAAAUGAAUUCAACCAACACCCUUUGGGGAGAUGCAGAGUUUUCUUAUGGAGCAGGACAUCUUGAUCCGAUGGAAGCUACAAAUCCAGGACUAGUUUAUGAGACUCCUAAAGAAGAUUAUAUCAAAAUGUUUUGCGGCUUGAAGUAUGAUUCAUCAGCAGUGAGAAAGAUAUUUGGAGUCAACAUUACUUGCACAGUUUUGGUUCCAUUCAUAUCAAAGGACCUAAAUUAUCCCACAAUGACUGCUCGGGUUGAAAAUGGACAGCCUUUUUCAAUUGAGUUCCCAAGAAGAGUUACCAAUGUUGGCCUUCCAAAUUCUACAUACAGAGCCAAGGUUACAAAGAGUACUUGUCAAUGUGAUAUAAAAGUGGAGCCAGACACUCUCAGUUUCAAUGCUUUGAAUGAAGGGAAAUCUUUUACUGUAACUAUUAGUGGAGAAAAAGUAGAAAACAUGGCAUCUGCCUCACUUGAGUGGUAUGAUGGCAUCCAUAUUGUUAGAAGUCCAAUUGUAUUGUAUUCAACAAAUCAAGCGACAAUUGAACAUGUAAUAGCUUAA